AUGGAGCCUAAACCCGGCGUUAUGGAAGUGGAGGAGACCAAGCACACCGAACUCAAUCGCUUUGGCAAUUAUGAGCAUCAGCAGAAGCUUACACGGCGGCUUCUGCUCAAGUUGGAUACUCGGAUCUUGCCCAUGCUAGCACUACUUUUCCUCUGCUCCUUCCUCGACCGUACAAAUGUUGGAAAUGCCAAGAUCAUUGGUCUGGAGAAAGACCUGAAGAUCACCGAUCAUCAAUACGACAUCGGUCUGACGGUCUUCUAUCUCACUUAUGUCUGCAGCGAACUGCCGAGUAAUCUCGUUCUCAAAAAAGCCUCCCCAAAGCUGUGGCUGCCCUUUUUGACCGCGCUGUGGGGUAUUAUCACCAUGUGUCUUGGGUUUGUCCAGAACUAUGCAGGCUUUGUCGCCGUGCGGGCGCUGCUAGGAAUUGCCGAGGGUGGAUUGCUCCCUGGCAUGGUUCUAUAUUUGUCCAGUUUCUAUCGACGUGGAGACCUGGCGCUGCGCAUUGGUCUAUUUUACACUGCUGCGUCCUUGUCGGGUGCCUUUGGUGGUCUACUUGCCCGUGGACUUGCAGAAAUUGGUACACGUGGUGGACUGGACGGCUGGCGAUGGAUUCUUAUCAUUGAAGGACUGCUGACCUUUGUAUGCGGUGCUUUGAGCUUCGCAUUUCUCCCUAACUCCUUGGAGUCUGCGUCCUUUUUGACCCAGGAGGAGAAAGACUUUGGUCGGGAGAGACUGCUGCUGGAUAACCCCCAUUCACCGGAUGGAACCCUGGCUGCCGAACAGGAAGCAUUUAAAUGGUCCGAAGUCCGUCGGGGUAUCCUGGAGCCACAAAUGUGGUUCUCCGCCUCAGCCUACUUUGCCAUUCUCUCUGGACUGUACUCUUUCGGUCUUUUCCUCCCAACCAUCAUCCAAAACCUCGGCUUUGCCAAAGAUGCCAACGAAGUCCAACUAUGGACCGUCAUCCCGUACGCCGUUGCAGCCGUAAUCACAGUUAUCGUAGCAAUCGUCUCCGACCGCCUCCGCCUCCGAGGCACGAUAAUGCUCUUCACCCUCCCCAUCGCCAUUGUCGGCUACGCCGUCAUCGCCAACGUCCACAAUCCGCAUAUCCAGUAUGGAAUGACCUUCCUCAUGGCUACGGGCCAAUAUGCCAGUGUUCCUUGUAUCCUGGUGUGGAUGUCGAACAAUUCCGCUGGUCAUUAUAAGAGGGCGACUACGUCUGCGUUGCAGCUGGCGAUCGCGAAUUGUGGAGGAUUUGUUGCGACGUUUAACUAUCCGGCGCGUGAUGGUCCGAAUUUCCACCGCGGACAUACUAUCAUCCUAGGAUUGCUGGUGUUUGCAUGGUUCAUGAUCUUAUUGAACGUGCUGUACUGCGCCAAAGUGAACCGUGACAAGAAGAAUGGAAAGUACGAUAAAUACGCAGGAUGUAAUGAUGACCGGAACCCGAACUUUAAGAUGGUUCUUUAA